AUGAAUCUAGAGAGCAACACCCAUUUCGCACUUGAACUGAAAGAGGCUUUAAAUGAAACACUUAAUUUGACAAUUAAUUUAGAAGAACUCCAAAAUAAAGCUUUUAAGACAAAAAUUACUGGUGAAUCCAGGAGAAAUAUUAACAAAAUUUAUAGGGAAGUUGAACAAUUCCGAGAAAUGCUAGAAAAACAGAAAAUAAUCAAAACCCAAGAUUUAAAUAAACGUCCUCCAAAAAUUCUUCAAAUGCCAAACGAAGAUAGCGAUGAAAUCAAGUACCCUAGUCUACCUAAACUUAAUGGAAAGACAGUUUUAAGAGACACAUUAAAGGAUUCAACACAUAGAUUGAAUUCUUGAAAAAUCGGAAAAGGAAGCAACACAGACCGUAAUCUUAAAAGAUCAAUAACCCCAAUUGAGAGAAGGCAAAAUAGUCAAGAUUCAACGCCUGAAAGAAGAUUUGGCAGGACAAUGACAUCAUGGGCUGAAAAACAAAAAAAGACACUUGACCAAAUGGACAAUAUAGAAGGCCGUUUAAAAGAUUUUAGAAAAGAAAUGCAUGGAUUAUCAAUUUUUUGUGAAGCAAAUCCAGGUGUUCCUUGGAAUAAUGAUAAGGUUUUUCUGCGUAAACUGUAUGAAAGUCCUGAAGAGAGAAAAGAAAUGCUAAAAAAAUAUAACGAAAAAUAUGGGGCUAGAAGAAUUUCUAGUCUAGUUAAUCCAGGGACUUUGAAGCAAAAAUUGACAGAAAUAAAUCCUAGCAUUCCUUCUUUUAAGGGCAAAUAAGACUUUUCCUCUUAAAGGUUAGUCAAAAUGUUUUUUAAAAUAUUUUAUAUUUUAUAUUUAAAAUUUUAAUUUACAUUUGCAAAUAUUUGAUACAAGGAAUUGCUUUGUUCGCUUAAAUAGAUUUUAAUGUUCCGAAAAAUAGAUAUUGUCUCAAUGAUUUUGUUCGCUCUUAAUAGGAGAACUAAGGUAAAAGAUGAAAAAAAUGAUAAAAAUGCAAUUACAAAAAAUAUAUUGGCUUUCUUUACUGAGCUAGAAAAGCCACCGAAUUAUAAUAUGGCGCAGGAUCCAAAGAAGCUGCUGAAUCGAUGCGUUUUUGGUUUUAAACAGACACAAACCGAGCAAGACAAGAAGCUAAUUGAUACACUAAGUACAAAAUCCAAAAGUAUCCAUAAAAGUGAAUUGAGAGCAUAA